AUGGAAGAAGGCGGACUGUUCGAUGAGCAGCCACACGCAUAUGAAGCAGCUAAGGAUGCUGCAGCCCUAGCAUCGCUGAAAGCCAUGCAAGAAUUGAGUGCAGCCGGUAUAUUAAGCAUUAGGGACUUUGCAUUUUCUGAAGAUGACCAGAGACAUCGCGGGUUUGGCUCUGUGCUUCCUUCUCAGGCCAAGGAGGAACAGUGCAUGUACAUUGCUCUGUAUGACUUUCAAGCGGAGGCGGAUAAUGAACUGAGUGUGGAAGCGGGCAUGCCAGUCCAGAUCCUUGCACUAUUGACCGAUGGAUGGGUCUUAGCCCGGCAAGUUGACCAUCCUGAACACACUGGAUUGAUACCAUAUACCUAUCUACAGCCAAUCGGUUAA